AUGACCACCCUACAGAAGAUCAAGGAAAUCGAAGAUGAGAUGGCCAAAACCCAAAAGAAUAAGGCCACAAGUUACCACUUGGGUCAACUCAAGGCAAAACUUGCAAAGCUCAGGCGUGAACUCAUUAGUGGUCCCUCGGGAGGCGGAGGAGGUGGAGGAAUUGGCUUCGAUGUUGCCCGAACCGGUAUAGCGUCAGUAGGAUUCGUGGGCUUCCCGUCAGUUGGAAAGUCCACUCUCAUGUCCAAAUUAACGGGAACUCACUCCGAGGCCUCUGACAUUGACUUCACAACCCUCACGACGGUGCCGGGAACACUGAAGGUUCAUGGAGCACCCAUCCAGAUUCUUGAUCUGCCCGGUAUCAUCGAGGGUGCCAACGACGGCAGAGGUCGAGGUCGACAAGUCAUUGCGGUCGCGCGAACCUGCAACUUGAUUUUUAUUGUCCUAGACGUCCUGAAGCCUCUGGGCGAUAAAAAGAUCAUCGAACAGGAGUUGGAAGGUUUCGGCAUUCGUUUGAACAAACGGCCACCGAAUAUUACCGUUCGGAAGAAGGAGAGGGGCGGUAUUGCCAUUACCAACACCGUUCCCCUCACCAACAUCGAUCAUGACGAAAUCAAGGCCAUUCUUUCGGAAUAUCGAAUUAGCAAUUGCGAUGUUGCCAUUCGAGAACCCAAUGCAACGGCGGACGAUAUUGUCGAUGUCAUUGAAGGAAACAGAGUGUAUAUUCCGGCCAUCUACGUCCUAAACAAGAUCGACGCGAUUUCGAUUGAAGAACUUGACUUGCUAUACAAAAUCCCAAACUCCGUGCCAAUAUCGUCGCGAGAAUGGCUGAACAUCGAUGAACUUAUCGACGUGAUGUGGAAGACACUGAACCUCGUUCGCGUCUACACGAAACCCCGAGGACUGGCACCGGAUUAUUCUGCACCGGUCGUGCUUAAGCGCGGAAGUUGCACGAUCCAAGAUUUCUGUAAUGCCAUCCACAAGGAGAUUGCGAAGCAGAUGAAAUAUGCUGUUGUUUGGGGAGCCAGUGCCAAGCACGCUCGUGGCCAGAAGGUCGGACUGGAUCACGUUCUGGAGGAUGAAGACGUCGUACACAUCGCCAAAAAGUAG